CUAUUCAUUUAUGCGCAUCGGCAGACGAAACCCUAGAAUCCAGACUUUGUUCAUAACAUUCGAUUUCUAGUUUAAUUUCAUCUACUGUAUCGAUUCGAUUCUUGUCAAGAUGUGGCAACAAACUUAUGGAAAAAACGAUAUUGAAUCGGGGGCGAGUCGUCCUCUUUACCCGAUGAUGCUCGAAAGUCCAGAACUCCGAUGGGCGUUUGUUCGUAAGAUCUAUUCAAUCAUCGCUUUCCAACUUCUCCUCACCGCCGCUAUCGCUGCCGUCGUUGUGUUUUAUCGACCAAUUUCAGUUUUCUUCGCUACAACAACUCCUGGUUUCGCUUUGUACAUCGUGCUUAUCUUCGUACCAUUCAUCACUUUGUGUCCGUUGCAUUACUAUCAUCAGAAGCAUCCUGUUAACUUUAUCCUACUCGGUGUUUUCACGACUAGUAUGGCUUUUAUUAUUGGAUUGUCUUGUGCUUUCACUAAAGGGAGAAUUAUUCUGGAAGCUGCAAUCUUAACAGCAGUGGUGGUUGGAAGUCUUACCUUAUACACUUUCUGGGCUGCUAAGAGAGGAUAUGAUUUCAAUUUUCUCGGGCCAUUCUUGUUUGGCGCUGUGAUUGUUCUCAUGGUCUUUGGCUUUAUCCAGAUUUUCUUCCCACUGGGAAAGAUUUCAGUUAUGAUAUAUGGGGGAUUAUCGGCAAUAAUAUUCUGUGGAUAUAUUGUAUAUGAUACAGACAAUCUGAUCAAGCGAUAUUCCUACGACGAAUACAUAUGGGCCUCUGUGUCGCUCUAUUUGGAUAUCAUCAAUCUGUUCCUUUCUUUACUGACCCUUUUUAGGGCUGCAGAUUAGGAAGAUUUCCGCAUUUAUUGACUCUACAAACCAGGUUUAUUAUUAUUAUUAUUAUUAUUAUUAUUAUUAUGUACAAAUGGCUCUUGUUCGCAAAAUGAUCUGUUGAUUGUCUUUUGGAAAUUGAUUUUCUCUUUUGCACCA